UGAGUGAAGGGUACAGAAUAGGGAACGGGGAGGGAUGAGAUGCGAAGGGGUGCAGAAAAUGGAGGGGAGCGGGGAAUUGAGAUGGGAAAGAGUCUUGGUAUCAUGGAGCCCCUCAAUCAGCUGCCUGGGCAGGGCAGGGGCUACCAGGAGGUGAACCAGCCUGGAAUGUUUGCUGCGAUGAUCGUGAGGGGCCACAAUUCAUGCUGGCAACGCCUGCGGGUCAGUGUCAGUUUCUUGAGGUCUGGGAGUCCAGAUGUGGGCAGAAGUGGUGGAUUGGCCCUGAGACAUGCUAGGUGCCUGAGUAAUGGACACUCAGGGAUGAAAACUCUCAGGAUCGCAGGAAGAAGGGGCUGGCAUUUACAGUCUACAUCUAUAAUCACUGAUUGCAACCAAAAGAUAAACCAUUGGGGCUCUAACCAGUCGUAUUGUUUCUACACCAAUGAAAUGGGAUUGAUUAUUGAAACAUUAGCUAUUCCAUCAUCUCAGAUCAGUGGAACUGAUCCAAAUUAUCCAUUGGCAAGUUUGCAAGUCAAUCCACAAUUAACAAUCUGUAAAGCAUCAAGUCAGCCCAUGAGAAAGAAGCCACAUUUCCAAACUCAGGGAAGGCUAUUGAUGGCUCACAAUUUGCCUGGCCUUUCCUCUCUACCACUUGUGCACAUUAGCCUUGGCUGCCCAACCUUCCUGCCCCACAGAUUAUUUUCACAGUCUGCCUCAGACAGAAGCUCAAGGAGCCCUCAGAUCAGUCUGUGGUCCAAAUUCAUGGUGACAUGCUUCUUUGGGUCUGCAGUAAUGGGAUUCUGGUACUAUGUCUACUUGGAAAAGAAGCAGAAGGAAAAGGUGAAACGACAGGAGCAGCUAAAGAAAUUAGCUCUGGGUCAAGGUGACUUCAAUUUGCUGGAUCACACUGGAAAAUCUAGAACCAAGAAGGACUUCUUUGGCAAGUGGGUUCUCCUUUACUUUGGGUUCACCCACUGCCCUGACAUCUGCCCUGAUGAGCUGGACAAGAUGUCCAGUGUUGUGCAGAUUUUAGACAAGGACAGAGCACUACCUCCAGUCCAACCCAUCUUUAUCACAGUGGAUCCAGAGAGAGACGGAGUGGAGGAAAUGGCAAAGUAUAUCAAGGAUUUCCAUUCUCGCAUGAUCGGGUUGACUGGGACCCCAGAGAAGAUCAAGGAUUUGGGAAAGGCAUUCCGAGUAUACUACAGUGCUGGCCCCAAGGAUGAAGACAAUGACUACAUUGUCGAUCAUACCAUCAUAAUUUACCUUCUAAAUCCAGAUGGGCUUUUAACAGAUUACUACAAUCGGAGCAAAAAUGACCAGGAAAUUGCUGAGAGUAUCCACAGCCACAUGAAAAACUAUGUUGAUCUCUUCAGUUGAUGAAUGGAGAUUCUUAGAGAAAGUUUGUGCUGGCGUCAGUUGCAGGCAUGGAAUUUGUUAAAGUAUGUUCACCAGCCUCACCGUGACAGACAUAUAUUUAGCCCUUUGACGCUAUCCAUGCUCACAACUGUUCAAAUCAUGCUCACAAAUCAAUAGAAUGGGACAGUUAGCAGCAACCUUUAAGUUUAAUUCGGACGUGGAGGUGCCAGUGUUGGAUAAGGUCAGAAGUCACACGAUACCAUAUUAUAGUCCAAUAGGUUUAUUUGAAAUCACAGCUUUCAGAGCACUGCUCCUUAGUCAGGUGAAGUAAGGAAAAGCACACAGGCACAGAAUUUAUAAGCAGAGAUCAAAUGGUGUGCAUGGAGUGAUGACAGGCUGAAUAAGUCUCUACAGCUGAUUGAAAGUGUCAGACAGUGUGAGUAAAGUGUCAACUGAAUAGCAAGUGAAGGGAUGACCUAGAAUCUGAUUAAUUGAUGCAGAGAUAAUUACAAAAAAUUAAAAAUAAGCUGGUACUGGAGACAAACCAAACGACUGGAAUAGCAUAAUAGGUAUAAGUUGCAUGUCAGAGAUCUAAGCAAAGUAACAAGUAUUCCAAAACUAUUCAGUCUGUCAACUUGUGAUUUCAAAUACACCUGUUGGACUAUAACCUGAUGUCGUGUGACUUCUAAAGUUUAAUUAGCUGGUGGGAUUGUAAAUCUUGUGCAUGAUGAUGAAUUAUCCUUUAUUUAAUGCUUGUUGAAAAUCUGGAUGUCCACCUACAAUUCAGUACAGGAUCCAUUCAGUAAUCAGAGGUGUGAAUUGCUGUUGCACACUUGCAUAAGUGAGUGUCUGUAUAUGCAUGUCCGGGGAUGGUGAUGGUGAUUGUAUACCCCUUUAAUAAAUUCCACUGUAACUGUUUGGAAUGGCGCUGUGCUGAAUCCUAAUUUUAAUAUGCCAACAUACUCAUUAACUUCCAAAACAAUUCAAGAAGAAAGAUAUUCAUUUAUAUUGUACCUUUGAUUGCCUCGGGUCAGCCCGAAGCAGGGGGUACAUUUAAAUGUUCCACGUCGAAAAGGCAGCAGCCAAUUUAUUCAUAUUAAGCUCCUACAAAGUGAUUUGAUUAUGUCCAGAUAAUGCUUUUUAAUCAUAUUGAUGGAGUGAUGAAUAUUGAUCAGGGAGAGAUUGCUUUUCAAUGAAAUUGUUCACAUGAGGUGGCUUCUGCAAAAGAUAGCACUUCUAACAGUGCACAUUUCCUCAGUACUACAUCAAUAAUAAAUGGAUCACAGCUCCUCUCAUGAAUGGACUUUUAAAAACAGAGUCUGUAUUUUGUCAAUAUUUUCAACUGAAUCAAACCUUCAUUAUAGAUGUUAUUGCCUGUGUUGCAGCUAUUUACAACAGGAUCAGCAUGGACAGCAGCAAGGUGGGAGAUCUCAAUUCAGUCAGAACAGUCUAAACAACAGUUAAAGCAAUUCUUCUGUUAUUCUGACAAGUUAUUUCAAUGUAAUUCUGAAUGUAUUAAAUCCACCAUUGACAAUGUCGACUUGAUCAGCUAGUAUAUGACGCAUUUAUGAAAUGACCGUUUUCAUCCUUAGAAAAUUGAGAACAGAUAUGAAGUAAAAUGAUGAAUUAUGUAGCAGUUCGAGGAGUAAGGCAAAAUAUGGCAUUAGCAAUGCCAGACUGCAGCAGAGAUUUAUCCUCAGCAAGAAGGUAAAGAACAAAGGACAAGGCGUAAUCGAAAGGUGCUGUGAUCUAAAGUAUUCCAAUAUAUUCCUGUAAUUUUACUCAAUUGUAGGGCACCUUUUCAUAACUUAUUUUCAUUUAGAAUUUUCAGCUAUCAAAAUAAAUUUCAUUAAAUUGGAAGUGAGAGGAGGACACCAUCCAGUGUGUGUGAAAUACAACCUGGCUUCUCUGUCUAAAAUUUUCAAAUAGUUGUUUGAUUGAAGUAUUAUAUUUAAUUCUAGGCAGCCCAUUUUAGAUAAUUUUUUAGAUUUUAAAGGCAAGGGGUAUGGGGAGAAAAUGGCACUAUGGCAUUGAGAUAGAGGAUGAGUUGUAAUCAUUUUGAGAGUGGAAUAGGCUCAAAAGACUGAAUGGCCUACUGCUCCGAGUUUCUGUUUAGGAAAGAUCUGAAGACCUUUGGGAGGGUUUGAAAUAUUUUACGAGAGUUGUACAUAAGGAGGAGCUAGAGAAAAUGGAAUUGUUCUUGUUAGUGUGGAGACAGUUAACACUAAGGAACCAAGAGAAAAUAAAAAGUACAGAGGAGUUCUUUAAAGUAAUUCAGGCUGGAGGAAUGAGAAGAUUAACAAGUAAUAAAAAUUGGGAACACUAAGUGUAUGAAUAGUAGUCAAAGGAAGGGCAAGCAAUUCAGCCGCAAAAAAGAUGAUCUGUGAAGGCAAAGGCUACUGCUGAGAUAUAUUUCAAUAGGCAGAAUGACAAGUAGCAAUAUGACCAAAAUGGGGGUUAUAGAACAGAGACCUUGAGGGUGUAUUCAACACAAAUGUUUGAAGGCAGCAGGACUACUUGAGAGCAUAUGGAAUUCUUAGCUUUAUGUUUAGGACUGGAGUACAAUGGCAUGGAAGAUAUGAUAUAUCCUCUUUGAAACAUCAGUUAGUCCUCAGCUGGAGUUUGUGGUUAAUGCAAUUUGUAAAGGAUAUUUAAGGCUUUGAAGAAGGUUCAAUAAGAAUAGUAUGAAGAUGAAGAACCUCGGUUGUAUGUUGAAAGAGUGGAGAAGCUAGCUUAAAGAGAUUUAUCAAUAUUAUUCAUUGUUGUAAAUGGCUUUGAUAGUGAAUAAAAUGAAACCAUCUGAUAGCAGAACUGUCAAUAACUAGAAGCAUGGUCUGAAGGUAGUUGACUAAACAAUAAGAGGCCAUGACUUUAUUUUCAGAGAUUCAGUUAUAAUCGGGAAAGCACUGCCUGAAAGAAUUACAUAAGCAAAUUCAAGAUUAAAUAUUGCCUAGAUACAAGAUCAGUCACUCACUGCUAGAAUUCAGUUCUUUUAUCCAUAGUUGCACCACGGCUAUAAUGAGAUCAUCAGCCAAAGAAUCCUGGCAGCAUCUAAACUGAACAACAAAAAAAUGUAAUUGGUGACCUCCAGCAAUGUUUUCACUGGGGUAGUAAAAAUCAAGUCUUGCUGUUCCUGAAGUCAUCUCCAACAUUAAAGGUUUUAUGGAAGUCUG